GGCCGCUGCGCACUCUGCUUCCAGUGAGAAUCAACAACUGGCGCGUUCGGCGCAGCAAGUCUCCGUGCAGCCGCUGGUUCAAGAAGCGGGAGGUGACCAGAUUUUGUCAUGUCAUCGUUUGCCGGUAUAUCUAUGGUUACCGGCGGCAGGGCGGACAUCAUGCCGGCCGGCGGCCAGGCGCACAUCACACCGGCUGUCGACUCCGGCACAGACAGCGGGUACCACCUGCUUGUGGUAAAAGACUAUUCGCGUGCCGUACAAGAUUUACCCACUGGCAGCAGCAUCUGGUCUGGGCGUUUCAUGGUAGGAGGUCAUUGGUGGCGCAUCUGCUGCGAUCCUAACGGCAACGACCUGAGUUGUGCUGACUUCAUUUCUCUCCAACUUGGCCUUCUUGAUGAUGAUGACGAAAUGGAAGAUGCUGUGGAGGUGAAGUUCCAGUUUAGCUUCAUUGACCAGGUUGAGUAUCAAAAGCCAAUGUACAUUCGUGCACGUGAAACACGAAGCUUCUCCGUCGAACAUCGUUGCUGGGGCUGCAUGAAGUUUAUGAAGAGAGAUGCGCUUGAACGAUCUGCUCAUCUAAAGGCUGAUUGUUUCACCAUCCGGUGUGAUGUCAUGGUUUGCAAUGAUCUCAACACCCAGGAUGCCGGUGACACUGUGUCUGACAUAGGCCAUCAUUUUAAAAUUCUACUUCAAGAUAAGCUGGGUUCUGAUGUGACUUUUGAGGUCAGUGGUCAGACGUUCUCUGCACACCGGUGUGUGCUUGCUGCCCGAUCUAAAGUUUUCAGGGCACAGCUCUUUGGCCCCAUGGCAGAGGGUGUUACGUCCAGUGCCAUACAGAUCAAAGACAUGGAAGCAAAAGUAUUUGCGGCUUUGCUUAGCUUCGUCUACUCAGACUCAUUUCCUGAGAUGGAGGAGGACGAAACACAAGCCAUCGAAGGAGAAGAAAAAGGUGAAGUCCCUGAAGUUGAGGAAGGACAAGAAGAGGAAGCAACAGAGCAUGUAACAUGGCUGCAAGACUUGUUUGUAGCGGCAGACAGAUAUGAUAUCCAACAGCUGAAGUUUUUAUGUGAAAAGCAGUUGUCUGAGCACAUAGGUGUGACCUCGGUUGCGUCCACUCUUGCUCUAGCUGAGCAGCACCACUGCCAAAGAUUGAAAGAGGCGUGCUUCAAGUUUAUCGAAGGCCAAUCUCCUGAAUGCUUGGAUAAAGUAAUGGCGACUGAUGGCUGGGGUCAUAUGGUUUCGACGCAUCCCUCUGUUUUGAACGAGCUCGUUGCCAAGCUUGUGUCCAAUCAGAAGAAGGACAAGAAGAGGAAGCACUAGAGGAUGUAAUGUGGCUGCAACUGCUGCAAGUAACACUAUUAUGCAUAUAUGGGACGGGAUCCUCUAGGUAGAUGGUAGUCUGCUUGUCUUGCUUUUGCUAUAUCAUGUCGUUUCAUGUAUGGUGAAUCAUAAAUAUGGGAAAAUAUGGAAUUAUAUUGUCUGUAGUUUCAGGUGCAAUGUCUACGUUGACAUGUGCAUGUUCCCUGGCUAGUUGUUUCUCUGUUGCUUUGUGCCUUCGUGUCAUUAAAGAAAAAUCUUUUCUAGUC